GCAUCCUACUCUGUCAGCGUCACCAACGAGGCUGUCACCUACAUGGCCAGCGUCGGCGUCGGCAGCCCUGCCACCUCCUACGACCUGAUCAUCGACACCGGUUCGAGCAGCACCUGGGUCGGUGCUGGCAAGUCUUACGUCAAGACUAGCAUGUCUAGCUCUACCGGAAAGUCUGUCUCUGUGAGCUACGGCUCCGGUUCCUUCGCCAGUACCAAAUACACCGACACCGUGACCAUCUUGUCCAACCUGGUCAUCACCAAGCAGUCCAUCGGUGUUGCCUCCAGGCCCUCCGGCUUCUCUGGUGUCGAUGGUAUCCUCGGCAUUUGUCCUACCGUCCUCACCGAGGGCACUCUCAGUGGCUCCUCGACCACCGAGAUCCCGACCGUUACCAACAAUCUGUACUCCCAGGGCACGAUCUCGACCGCUGCUGUCGGCGUCUACUUUGCCCCCACCACCGUUGAGGAGACCACCAACGGCGAGCUCACCUUCAGCGGUGCGGACACCAGCAAGUACACCGGUACGCUCAGCUACGAGGAAGCCUCAAGCUAG